AUGACAAUUACAUCACUCAAUGUGGUUGAUGGGACAAUAGGAAGAAAAAAGUUACCAGGACUCAAGAAACGAUACUUGAUCAUAGGCUUCAUCUUAGUAAUUAUAGUCAUAUUGGUCGUAUUAUUUGCUACAAACGUCAUCAAAACUGGCAGUUCGGAUUCCAACGAAGAAAUAUUGGUUCCAGCAAAUCCAACGAAAAAAUUGCCAUUGUCAGCUUCAAAACUACAUAUAUUCAAUAAUGGUGCCGUUUGCUCAGAUGCCAUACCUUGUUCAGAAAUUGGAAAGGGUAUUUUAAAAAAAAAUGGUUCGGCUGUCGACGCAGCUUUGGCAACAAUGUUUUGCAACGGUGUUUACACAAUGCAAAGCAUGGGAUUGGGUGGCGGAUUUUUGAUGACAAUUUAUAACAAAGCCGAAAACAAAGCAUAUUCGCUAAACGCUAGAGAAACUGCACCAAUAAAUGCCAAGCCUGAAUUGUACAAAGACGAUGAAAACAAAUCCAAAAAUGGUCCCUUGUCGAUAGCCGUGCCUGGAGAACUAAUAGGUUAUUGGGAAGCACAUAAAAAAUUUGGAAAACUUUCCUGGAAAGAAGUUGUUGAACCAACCGUGGAGUUUUGUUAUAAGGGAUACAACAUGUCAAAUCAUCAAUCAAAUUCAUUAAAUUUAAACGCUAUAAUCAAGGAUGAUGUAAACAUAAAAGAUUGGUUAAUAAACGAGGAUGGUUCUUUCAAACAGCCAGGAACACAUGUUAUACCUAAAAAAUUAUGUGACACAUUACGUACUAUCGCCGAUACAGAUGGUUAUGCUUUGCAUAAUGGCAGCCUAUCCAAAAUCUUUUUGGAGGAUUUAAUGGAAGCUGGAAGCAUUUUAACUGAGGAAGAUCUUUUAAAUUACAAACCCGAAUGGCAAACUCCAAUCUCGGUAAAACUCCGGGACCAAUAUUCUCUAUACUCGGCGCCACCUCCGGGUUCCGGGACAUUGUUAGCUUUUAUCAUCAACAUUUUAAACGGAUAUAAUUUUACUAAACAGGACAUGGAAGGAACUGACAAUAUAGUAUUGACGUAUCAUCGAAUUCUUGAAACUUUUAAGUUUGCUUAUGCCAAGAGGACUGAAUUUGGGGACAUGAAUUUCGUCAAUGUUACCGAGCUUAUAUCAAAUUUGACCUCUCCAGAAUAUGCAAGCAUGAUCAGAAAACAAAUUUCGGAUAAUUCGACCAGUGACGACCCAAAACAUUAUGGAGCAGUAUUUUACAACAAAGAAGAUCACGGAACAGCGCAUAUAUCUGUGAUGGCACCUAAUGGAGAUGCAGUAUCAGUAACCAGCUCACUAAAUAUUUACUUCGGAUCCGGCAUUACAUCCAAACGAACUGGUAUUAUUUUAAACAGCGUUAUGGACGAUUUUUCGUUUCCAUAUUUCAAAAACUAUUUCGGCUUACCAGGAUCUCCAAGCAACGAGAUGAAGCCUGGGAAAAGACCACUUUCCUCCAUGACCCCAACCAUAAUGGUAGAUAAGAACGGAGAUGUAAAAUUGGUUGUCGGCGCUUCAGGAGGAACCAGAAUAACCACUGCAGUCGCACAGGUCAUACUGCGAACUCUUUGGUUUGGAGAAAACUUAAAAGAAGCUGUUGAUGCUGCCAGAAUACACCAUCAACUUUACCCUAAAAAUGCUGAUUAUGAAUAUGGAGUUUUACAGUGGACACGGAAUUUCGAACAAAAUAAUUUGGUUUUCCUUGUGUGAUUCUGUAAAUAGCAAAGAUGCAAUAAUGACCACAUUUGUUUUUGCUGUCAAAAUGGCAAGAAUUGUGAUAAUCACUUCUGCAGAAGGUAAGUUGUUUAUAAAGGCAGUUUAGAUUUUGAUGUUAACGGAAUGUAGUUUAAAAUUCCGUGUCCGCCACUGUACCUAGAGAUGCGAUUUGAAAAAAAACGGUCAGUUUUUUUUUUGUUUUUUUCAGGUUUUUUUUCAUUGUUUUUUUCAAAUGGUUUUUUUUCACAAUUUAGUUUUUUUUUCAAGAUUAGUCCCAUUUGCCUAAUUUUUUAGGAUUCAUGGACUAAAAUUAGCCACUAAAUGACAAUUAGUAAAUGUAAAUACAAUCUCGCGCCAAGCACGCGCCACCACCACCGAAUUGACCAAUAAGGGCCGCGCUUGUUUUGAUUUGGUCCUAAAAAAAGUAACUACUUAUAAUAUUUUUGAUUCAGCGCUUGAUUUUUUAAAAAGCUACCAAAAGCACUUUUUUCAUGAUUUUUCAAAUUCAUGUAGUGUAUGGAAUGGCAAAUUCUUUAUUUAACAUUUAUUCAUUGGUGGUAAAGUCAGAACAUUCCGUGGACCAGAAAACCAAAAAAAUCGAUUUUUUUUAUUACGGUAUUUGUUAGGAUUGAGCGUUGCACAUUUUUCAUCAAAAAAUCUCAAAACUAGAAACUUCAAGCUUCAAAUUGCUUUUUUACGGCUCCAAUACGACCACUUUUAACAAAGAUACAGCUAUCCGAAGAAUCGCAAAAUAAUUUUUUUUAUCCUUUAAUUUUUUGUAUUAGUGUAGAAGUUUUACAUUGCUACUGGUUUCUAAUGUGGAAACUACCAAAUAAUAAGAAAUCAGAUUUUUUAGUCUCG